AUUUGAGGAUGCUCUUCGUUGCUUUGUCUAUCGCGGCCUCUCUGGUCCCACUCGCAAGAUCCUAUCAACUCGCCAGCGGUGCGGCAGCCCUUCCGCCAGUCAAGUCAAAUGUGAAGCUGUUCCAGUGCUCAGAUGGGAGGAACAUCGGUAGGGCAGAUCUGCAAAGCAAUGCAAAGAUGAGAAGCGAUGCCGAUGCUCAUGCGAAAUGCUUUGUUUGGUUGUGCGUGUUUAGGCUACGCCGAGUACGGCAGCCCUGCGGGCCAACCAGUGGUGGCUUUUCAUGGCCUCCUCACCUCCCACAUAUGGGCGGAAUUCCUCGACCAAGAGGCCAGAAACGUAACACACAAAGACAGAAAGAACAUACCAGAUGCAAUCGAUGGAUGUUUCUUCCUCGUUUGUCUGUGUGUCAUGGACGGCAUGCCCGCAACGGUGCAGGCCGACCCGCCGCUUCGCAUCAUCUCGGUGGACAUGCCUGGUGCGGGUGAUUCCUCGCCGUCGCCCGACUUCACCCUCGAUGAGCUCGCCAAGGACACCAUAGCCCUCCUCGACUCGCUCAACAUCGAUACGUUCGUCGCACUCGGCCUCUCGGCUGGCGGCAGUCCGGCGCUCACCCUGGCGGCCCUCUACCCCGACCGCACCAUCGGUGCCGUGCUGGCCGCCCCGUCGACGCCCAUCCGGUCUGUCCGCGGCUUUGGCCUGCUGCCCACCAUCCUGCUGCAGUUCGACCGGUUCCUUAGCAAAGCGGCCGACACAUUCAGCCGCAACGCCGACCAGGUGCGCGAGGGCAACGUCGAGGAGCUGCUGGGCGGCGCCCCAAAGGGCGGGAGGGGCGGCGACGCCAAAGAGGAGACGCCGGCCCUUGUCAAAGUGAGAGGCGACCCGGCUCUCAAGGCCCUGUUCGUUGACGACAUCUGCUACUCGUUCAAGCAGAGAAGGGCCUUCGCCAUGGCGGGCCUCAAGUACCUGAGAGGGAGGUUUCCCUUCAAGGUGCGCUGUGUGCGGCGGCCGGUGACCAUCAUCUACGGCACCAACGACACUGUGCAGCCCAUCAAGAUGCACAAGUGGCUGGCAAAGAAGCUGCCCAACUGCAAGCUCAUAGCCAUCGACGACGAGACGCACUUUCUGUAUAUUUCCCGCCCUGACGCCAUCGUGAGGGAGUGCUCUCUGCUGUGGCAGAUGGCCACCGAGAAGAAACAAGAGACGCCGACCCAAGUGGCCUGACUGAUUUGUGUGGAUGGGGGAGGGGGAGGGGCUGUGCGAGUGUGUGUGUAGUAGUUGGGGCGAGAGAGACGGAAAACGCGGCCGCAUUUGUAUGUGAAAGUGUGGGAGAGGUCUGUAGGCUGGUAGGCAGCAGUGGGUAGGGGAUACGCAGACAGAUGUGUUGUGUGUGUGUGUGUGUGUGUGUGUGCGUGUAGAACACACGGAACAUGACCCUUGUGUAUUUCUGCCUGUGUCCGUAACCAUUUGUGUGUGCGUGCAUAAUUCUUAAGUGCGCAUGGUCGAGAGGAUUUCAGUCCCCUUACUACACGUGAGCCUGACUCAGC